AUGUCAGAGUCUAGCACAAAUUGGAAUCUCGAUGGGCACCGACAGCUCCAGCUACCGCAUCCAGACCACCCUCAAGAUGGCCACACGGAUAUGGUUUAUGCAGUGUCUGUUCAAGGCGACUACCUGGUGUCUGUUUCUGCCGACCGGACUGCUCGGGUUUGGGAUCUUAGAACUCAGCGUCUUCUGUACCCGGCCCUUAGUGGACAUACUGGAAGUGUCACAGCCGUACAAUUUGAUGCCGCCGCGCACAAGGAUGUGAUUAUCGUUGGAGACGCUGACGGCAAUGUCAUGGUCUGGCGCUUCUCCACGAGGGAAACGGUCAAAACCAUCGUCGAGGCUCAUGUCGGUGAUGUUCUCUGCCUACACUUCGACCACAGAUAUCUUGUGACUGGUGGCAAAGAUGGCAAAAUCAAGCUCUGGAACCGCCACUCGCUGGACGUCAACACUGACCUUCCUGGAUUCGCUGCCCGGCCCGCGGAAGGUGACAGGCACCAGGAGUACAGUCUUCUCGCCACCUUCGAUGGUCACGACAAGGCCGUGCUCGCUCUAAAGCUGAAAGACAACGUCCUAGUCUCUGGAUCUGGUGAUUCCACUAAGAUUUACGAUGUCGAUCAACACGCGGAAAUUGCCUACCUCGAGGGCCACACCAACCUCAUACGAUCGGUCCAAGCAGUUUUCGGUGACAACGCCGAGGUCAAAACUAUAGUCACUGGUAGCUACGACGGAUCCAUCAGAUUUUGGGAACAAGUGCCGGGUUCACAUGAAUGGCGAACACAACAGCAAUUUCACAUUAGCGGCUUCGAAAUGCACGAAGGCGUGCACUCAGAUAACGGGGCAAACGUCUUCAGCAACAGGAUCUCCUCGGUCGAUCUCGAUGCUGAGAGACUUGUUUGCGCCGGCCAUGGACCUAUCGUCCGUGUCUGGGACUUCCGUUUACCUCGCAAAUGA